AUGACCUCAGAUCAUAUAACCAGCGCUCGGGAUGAAAUCAAUCGUGUACUCAACAAGCUUAAACACCUCGAUCUUACUGGAUCCGUGUAUUACGACUCCAGGUAUCCCGUUGCUCAAGGUGGAACCGGUGACGUCUUCAAGGACCGUUACACCCAGCCGGAUGGCACCACGAUCGACAUUGCCGUCAAACGUUUGAGGACCUAUCUAGACAGUCAGCUGGAUGUGACAAACAUUUUUAGGCGUGAAAUCAAGGCAUGGAGCAGACUAAAGCAUCCCAAUAUUCUGCCAUUAUUAGGUUACACUCUUGAUGAGACAGGAAGUGAAUCUCUCCUGUUGCCUUCACUGGUUUCUGAAUGGAUGAGGAAUGGCAACAUCCUUGAAUUUAUCAAGAGUAACCCGGAUUGCAAUAUUGAGAGUUUUAAAAGGCUAAUCCUUGGAAUGGCAGAAGGUCUUGCAUAUCUUCAUGCAAAUUACAUUGUCCACUCAGAUUUCAAAUCGGGAAAUGUUCUCGUUUCUCCAAACCGCACGGCACUUAUUAGUGAUUUCGGGGCUGCUCAUAUGUCCUGCAAUGCUCUGAGUGUUGGCGAAUCGAGUAUAGUUGCGAAUGUUAGAGGUACAUAUAGAUGGAUGGCGUAUGAACUCCUCAACUUAGAUUCAGAGCAUCAACGAGUAGCGACGUAUGAGUCGGACGUCUGGUCAUUUGGAAUGACGUUAUUGAACCUCAUUCCCAACCUUUAUCAGGAAGUUUUGACGGGCGAACUGCCUUAUUCGCAAUUCAAGCAUGAUGGGCAAGUUAUGCUUGCAAUUGUACAGAAAACUCUCCCUUCUCCACCAACGGACCUUGAAAAAGGCGAAUGCCGGGGUCAACUCUGGGAAGUUUGUGUGGGUUGCUGGAGCUGGGACCCAAAUCAACGGCCCACAAUGGAUGCUAUUUCUCAGAGGCUAAAGAGUGUACUGGACAGGCAGCCAGUAGUGCCCUUUGCAGAUGGUAUUGCAGGAUAUAAUGCUAGUUGUGUUAAAGGAAGCACAUCAGCACUUCAGUCUGCUUCUCCAGAGAUCCCUCACACUAAAGUGAACACAUCACUACUUCUGGACAGUUCUCAGGGAUUAGAGGGGAAAAAACAACAUAUAUUCUCCUUCUCUGACUUUUUCUGGUCAAGUCUUGGAAAGGCAAGAGUUACUGGAGACAAAAGAGGAACAAGGCAGCUCCAGUCAAAGGCAAAAGAAGUACAAUACAGUACAUGUACUGUAACCAAGCAGAAUUCUGCAGAACCUUUUACUCUCUGUCAUUCAGCCAAACAAGUACAGAUUCUGAUACCAAACCAGGAUAAUAUGGUGGCUUCUCUAUCACUAGAAUCAUUAGAAUCACUUAAUGAAACUAUUUAUAAUUCAAAGAAUAAUUGGGUAGGGGGAUGGUUGAUAAAUUGA